AAAGUUUUUAUGUCCUUGUCCCAGCCUCCUGCUUUUUAAGAGCCACCCAGCUCCAGUGAUUGGAUUGAGUAGGCUGUCUUGUGCCGAGUGGUUGAAGACGUGUUUCAACAGAUGGUUGGGGUUAGAGCGUGUCAUCACAUCUGAGUGGGGGUUAGAGAGGAAAGCUGUACAGUAGGAACUGUGUGGUCCUGUGAGAGUGCACUGCGUGUGGAAAGCAAAAGAAGAUCUCUUUAGAAAGGCCAAAAAAAGGAAUACGAUCUCUCAGAUUCUCUUAUUGAAGAUAAUUGUGUUUAAUGGAGGACGAGUUACUGCAGCAUUAAUCACAACUGACAUAUCGAAGCCUGGCAAAGAACUGCGUGAGAGCUGGUUUCAAGUGACUUUUAACAACCAACCUUGAUGCAUGAACUACUCAACACAAUAAUCUGAUAAGAAGUGGCAAAACCAAAGAUACUCUUGUUUCCUUCUUGUGGUCUCAAGCAAGCUGACAUGAAAGUCUCACCACUUAUUCUUCUUUUGGCCAUUCUAACUGCUGAAUUGAUUGGAGUCUUUGGUACAAGCAUAAAGCCACAGCGUUUUAAAGGACGUGUACAGCGUGACCGAAGAAACAUCAGGCCCAACAUUAUUCUUAUCAUCACAGAUGAUCAGGAUGUGGAGCUUGGUUCCCUUCAGGUGAUGAACAAAACGAGAAGACUCAUGGAGCAAGGUGGUGCUCAUUUCACCAAUGCCUUUGUAACCACUCCAAUGUGCUGUCCAUCGCGAUCUUCCAUGCUGACUGGAAAGUACGUCCACAAUCACAAUACUUACACAAACAACGAGAACUGUUCCUCACCUUCCUGGCAGGCUACGCAUGAAACACGUACUUUUGCUGUGUUUCUAAACAACACAGGCUACCGAACAGCAUUCUUUGGGAAAUACCUCAAUGAAUAUAAUGGCAGCUACAUCCCACCAGGCUGGCGAGAGUGGGUUGGACUUAUAAAGAAUUCUCGGUUUUAUAACUACAGCCUCAGUCGGAACGGCUUUAAGGAGAAACAUGGAUUUGAUUAUUCCAAGGAUUACUUUACAGAUGUGAUCACAAACGACAGUAUCAAUUAUUUCCGCAUAUCCAAGAAGAUAUAUCCACACAGGCCUGUACUGAUGGUCAUUAGUCAUGCAGCACCACAUGGCCCUGAGGAUUCGGCACCACAGUUUUCAGAGCUCUUCCCUAAUGCCUCACAGCACAUUACACCCAGUUAUAACUAUGCCCCGAACAUGGACAAACACUGGAUUAUGCAGUUCACAGGAGCUAUGAGGCCAAUCCAUAUGGAAUUUACCAACAUUCUCCAGAGAAAAAGGCUGCAGACACUUAUGUCAGUGGAUGACUCUGUGGAUAGGAUAUUUCAGAUGCUUGCAGAGACUGGGGAACUGGACAACACCUAUGUCAUCUAUACUGCAGACCAUGGUUACCAUAUUGGGCAAUUUGGACUGGUAAAGGGAAAAUCAAUGCCAUAUGACUUUGAUAUCCGAGUUCCUUUCUUUGUGCGUGGACCAAAUGUGGAACCAGGGUCAAUCAUUCCUCAGCUGGUUCUGAAUAUUGACCUCGCUCCCACCAUCUUAGAUAUUGCAGGCCUUGAUGUUCCACCAGAUAUGGACGGCAAGUCUAUACUGAAACUAUUGGAAUCUGAGAAACCAAGGAACAGAUUCCGUUCAAAUAAGAAGGCUAGGAUUUGGCGUGACACAUUCCUCAUUGAGAGAGGCAAAUUACUCCGUAAGAAAGAAGAGGGAGCUGGUGAUGCACAACAAACCAAUUACCUUCCUAAGUAUGAAAGAGUGAAAGAAGUGUGCCAACAGGCAAAGUACCAGACUGCCUGCGAACAGCCAGGACAGAAAUGGCAAUGUGUGGAAGAUGCUUCAGGAAAGCUUCGACUCCACAAGUGCAAAGGAACAACAAAAAUGCCAGCUGGCAGCAAGAAAAGUAAAAGCCUGCGCACCCAGACCUACAGCAGUAAGGAUUGCGAAUGCUCAGAGAGUAGCUACAGGAUGAGUCCAUCUGAGAGAAGAAACCAGAGACAGUUCCUCAGGAUCCACACGACUCACAAAUUUAAACCUCGCUUCAUUCACACUCGGCCAAUCCGCUCGGUUUCAGUCGAAUUAGAAGGUGAGAUUUAUGACAUUGACCUGGAAAUUAAAGAACUCAAGUCACUGGUGCCAAAAAAUAUGAGCGCAGCCUAUUCCCGAGAGGAAGGUCCAGCUGAAGAGGGAGACGAGAACAAGGAUGUGAUUGCUGAGGGCGGCAGGAAGGCUGAUGAGUCACUGCUAGAUUCAGUCAAGGUCACACACAAGUGUUUCAUUCUUGCCAAUGACACCGUGCAUUGUGAGAAAGAGCUGUAUCAGUCAGCAAGAGCAUGGAAGGACCACAAGAGUUACAUAGACAAAGAGAUUGAAGCUCUCCAAGACAAAAUAAAGAAUCUGAGAGAGGUGAGAGGUCACCUAAAAAGGAAGAAACCAGAGGAAUGUGACUGCAACAAAAAGAGUUAUUUUAGUAGGGACAAAGGAAUGAGAAACCAAGGGAAACUGAAGAGCAAGAACAAUCAUCUCCAUCCCUUCAGGGAAGUGGCUCAAGAGGUAGACAGUAAACUGCAACUGUUUAAGGAGAAUCGGAGAAAGAAGAAGGAUCGUAAAAUAAAGAAGCGCUUGAGAAAGGGUGAUGACUGCAGCCUUCCUGGCCUGACCUGCUUCACACACAAUAACGAGCACUGGCAAACACCACCUUACUGGAACUUAGGAUCCUUCUGUGCUUGUACAAGUUCUAACAAUAACACUUAUUGGUGUUUGCGAACCAUCAAUGAGACUCACAACAUCCUCUUCUGCGAAUUUGCUACAGGUUUCCUUGAGUAUUUUGACAUGAACAGUGAUCCAUAUCAACUGACGAAUACAGUACACAUGGUAGAACGAGAAGUUCUUAAUCAGUUGCACAUUCAGUUAAUGGAGCUGAGAAGUUGCCAAGGACACAGGCAAUGCACUCCACGGGCCAAGGGUGUGGAAUCAGGAAAUAAAGAUGGAGGAAGCUUUGAUCAGCACAGGGAACAGCAGCAUCGAAAGUGGCCAAAGUUGAGGAAGCCUAGCUUCAAGUCCUUCAGAGGACAGCUAUGGGAUGGAUGGGAAGGCUAAUCCAAUCAAACUGCCAAACUUCACAGAAUAUAUCAGCUGGGAAGGACUUGAAAAUUUGUACAGUGUGGAUGAAAGCUUGUUUGAACACAGGCCUAAUU